AUGGCCGACUACAUAUUCACAGUUUUUUCAAUACUCGCCGUAAUCUUUGCUCUAAUUCCAAGCCCAAUUCACAUACAAAAUCAAAACUGGGGUGCAAUAUUCAUGACAUUCUGGGUGGUGAUCACAAACUUCACGAACUUUGUCAACUCGAUAAUCUGGGCAAACACCAUCUACGAUGACAAGCCAUACACGGAAUACUGGUGUCGUAUAACGACCGUGUUGUAUCUUGCGUCGGGUUAUGGUUUGGUAUUAUCGAUCGUGUGUAUGGUUUAUACGUUGUCCACGUAUGUCAGAAAUGCGAUCAUUUUAUCCGAGCAUGAGAAGCGGAGACAAAAUCACAAGUAUAGUAUUAGGUUAUUGUUGGGUUGCUAUGCACCGUCUUAUCCCACUUUGGCGACUGUUUUCGUUAAUCUUAUGUGGCCGUUGAUUUUUUCGUUAUUCGGUGCUUAUUAUGCAGUAUUAACAGGAUACCACAUUGUACGGAAGCAGUUAGAACUCCAACAACUGCUUCGAUUGAAAAAAACCAGCAAAUCAAAAUUCUACCGUUUGGUUUUCUUUUGCGUCACAUUACUACUGCUGAUGUUACCCGCGUCAGCUUACAUGCUUGUCUUGAACGCAAAGCAAAAAUUAUACCCAUACGACUACAAAAUGAUCAAAGAAAACUUUGGCAUCAUCACCACAAACCAUGUUGCGCCGUUCACGCUGUUUGAAUAUUUCAAGCCGCUGACUGCAUUCGCGUUAUUUAUCUUUUUCGGGAAUGGCGAAGAUGCAAAUGCGCAGUACGCGAAAUGGGGUAAAGCCAUGGGAUUGGAUAAAGUUUUUGGUUGUUGCUUUAGUCAUAAUAGUGGAAAUAAGAAGUCAACGAAAUUCCCUUCAUCACCUACAUCAACCUUCCCAUUAAGUUACCACUCCUCAGCUUUUGACGGUAGCUCUCCAGCACUCAUCAACAAAGACGCGGGAACACCACGCACAAAUAAAGACGAAAAAUACUUGGCAACCAAUUCCGAGUUAUCAGAUGACACAUCAUUCACAUCAAGCGAAGUCUCAGUUCAAGUACAAACACCAAUAAAGAAAAAGGGCGUCUUGAGAAAUUUCUUAUAUAUGCAUCGAACACCGACUGAACAAUCUAAAUACGACUUAACAAGUGGCAUACAGAUACGAAUCAAUGGUCUAUCGUCCGCAUUCGACAUUAAUGAGAAUAAUAUUAAAGAAGAGGGCGAACAAGACACAAAAUUAGAAGAGAAACAAGCCCCACGAUAUCAAUCAACAGAAAGUUAUCACCGCGAGAUACAAAAUGCCAUUGUUGACAUUUACGAUCAAGAAGAAAAAGAACUAGACAAUGAUCAAGUAAGCAUCGUAAUUGAUGAUGGAAAUAGUAAUACACCGAUUACAAUACCAUCCACGUCGAUAACACGUGAAAGUUAUUUAUCGCCACAAGUUAAUAUUGUCGAUACUGAUACUUUUAUCGCAAGAGGAAUUGAUGAUGUUGUCGAAGAGUAUCGAAGAAUGGUGUCUCCAGAGCCGUCGUCAAAAGGAUCCAAUUAA